CAGACUUUCCAAAUAAAACGGAUCCAGCUGUGUGAGGCUGUGCUUCUCCAUGAGUCACACUGCUCUGCUGCUCAGUAAACAAGCAGACAAAGAGAGAGAAGGAAAGAUGUCCGGUAUCAUGCUGCUGUUGGUAUCUUUGAGUUUGUGCUUGUGUCCGACCGACGGCGCAGCACGGAGCGGGAAAGUGAUCCAGCGGGACACCCUGGAGCGGGGCCCGGUCAGUCUGAACGACAUGUUCCGCGAGUUGGAGGAGUUGAUGGAGGACACCCAGCACAUACUGGAGGAGACUGUGGACCAGAUAACUACUGAGAGUGCUAAAUCAUCUUUAACGUCACUGGAUCUGCGUACCAACUACAACAAUGGGACAAAAAAGAUGGUAAAGGAUGAAGACAGAGCGGCUCAGGUCCUAGUUAAAGCUAAAAAGGAGACUAAUAAUAAAACAGGAGAGAUUCAUCUUUCACACAUCCAUAUGGAGAUGUCUGGCUUUUCCAACAUUGUGGAACACGAAUGCAUGGUGGAUGAGGACUGUGGUGACCUGAAAUACUGCCUGUAUGAGAUCGAAAACUCCAGGUGCCUCCCAUGCAUACCAACGGAUAUGCCCUGUACUAAGGAUGAAGAGUGUUGCUCAGAUCAGAUGUGUGUGUGGGGGCAGUGUACAGUCAAUGCCACCAAAGGAACAGAGGGAACUAUCUGUCAGGAUCAGAGUGACUGCAGGCCCGACCUCUGCUGUGCCUUUCAACGAGAGCUGUUGUUUCCAGUGUGUAAUCCCAAACCAGAGAAGGGGGAGUCCUGUCUGAGCCACCCCAACCUGCUGAUGGACAUGCUGGCCUGGAACGAGGAGGGCCCCCGUGACCACUGCCCCUGUGCUGACAACCUCCAGUGCCAACCUCAUGGACGUGGAUCUGUUUGUGGAGAGUAAUACUGGAGAUGGAGAGAGCAUGAGAAAGUUUCACAUAACCCCAUCCAGGAGCUAUACUACCACAUUUUCUGAGCAUUCACCAAAGAAGGGCCCACCUGUUAAUCAACAGUUUAUAAAAGAUUAGAAAGUUGCUUCAGCACUGGACUUGCACUGUAUUAUUUAUGCCCUAUGACCAAUGUGUAUUAUAUAUCAUGAAGCAAAUAAAAGACUUAUUUUUAGUUUUGACUGAGAA